AAAUCGAUAUUAUGCUCAUUUUCUCUAUUAUCUAUUUGUAUGUUACUUUAUAGUUAGAUUGGUUCACCAGUUCGAUGGUGGAUCUGGUCCAACUAAAAAUUCACCUCCUCACCACACCUUGUACAAAGCUUAACGAACUCCGCUAUUUCUUUCCCCCACCCUUUUACUCAUCUCUCAGUCUUCUCUCUUUGGUGCGGAGUCAUAGGAGUUGGCAAGAAGAAAGAAGGGAAGAUGGGGAGGAAGGGAGACGGGGAUGGUGAUAGGGGAGGCCGCGGCGGCGAUGACUUGCCUACGCUGUCCUCCUUCCCGUCCCCGUCGUCCUCGUCCUCCUCCGACUUCGAGUUCACGGUCUCGCUCUCGCCGUCGUCGCGGCAGGCGGCGGCGCAGCUAUGCCCGGCCGACGAGCUGUUCUACAAGGGCCAGCUCCUGCCGCUCCACCUCUCGCCGCGGCUUUCGAUGGUGAGGACUCUCCUGCUCUCUUCAGUCUCCACGUCCUCCUCCUCCGACACCGCCACCACCGCCUCCCGCGACUCCAACGGCAGCUCCUCCUCCUCCUCCUCCUCCUUCUCCGCCGACCUCGGCGGUUUUCUCCCCGACUGCGACUCCUCCCGCCCCAGCUCGGUCACCGAGGACGACGCCCGCCGCGUCUCCCCAGCCGCCAAGCGUAUCAAGUACUUAUCCUCCUUGACCACCCGCUUCUCCUCCGUCUUCCUCCACCGCGGCAGCAAGAAGGAUCCAUCCAACGAUCUCACCAUCAACCAAAUCCCUCUCCCUCCCCCUCCUCCUCUUCCCUCCAAAAGAUCGACGAAGGAAGUGAUCAAGAAGUAUGUCAAGAAGGUGAAGCCUCUCUACGAGAAGAUCUCGUUCUUGCAACAAAAACAAAGCCAGCAGCAGCCUCAUAACCAGAGCAACCAAAAGAAGAACUUUUCUUUCUCAAUUAAGAGAGAGAGAGUCGCCGGAUCCGGCAAGAAAACGGAGGAUCGAGAAGAAGCCAUGGCCGGCCGCAUGGGGAUAUAUACUCACUCACACUCUUUCUCCGGCAACCUCCGGUAUCCCCGGAGGAAGCGGUGCGCCGGGAGCUGCCCCUCGUCGAUGAGGUCAUCUCCAAGCCACUCAGGCUUGCUCUGCAUUGCCGGCAUUGGCGGUGGAUUUCCCGAUCCACCGUUUCCUUCUUCGUCAUCCGUGAAUUCGUCCAUGGAGGAGCUGCAGAAUGCUAUAGAGGGAGCAAUAGCCCACUGCAAGAGCUCCAUGGUUCAAGCCAGCCAGAACAAGGCUUCAGCUGCGGUAAGCGUCGACGAUGGCGACGAGAUCUGUGGAUCUUGACUGCAACUUUUAUGACUGCUGUUGCUUUACAGUUAGAUUUCUUUGGUAUGCUUUUAGUCAGAAAAAAAGUGGUUUUGAAGUAGUGGUUGCAGGAAGAAAAAGGCUGUGAUGUGGUCAGAUCCCGGAUGCUGCUGCUACUUUGUCUCUCUCUCUCUCUUCUUAGACUUUGUUUGAUCUCUACUAAGAUUAGAAUGGUUUUGUUGUAUUGUGACUCUCUGUCCCCUUGAAUUCUAACUUCAUCCAUAUCAAGUCCACAAGUUAUUAUGGUUUAAUUAGAAUUGGAAUUGAGGAAGAUAUUCCAGAAUGAGUUCA